CAUUCCCGCUCCAGGCCCCGCCCCCCGUCGCCAUGGCAACGCCUGCUUACGUCACCGAGCUGACAGCCGCCACCACGACGACCACGACGCAGCAACCGCCGCAGGCCCCGCCCCCUCCCGGCCCCGCCCCCUUCGGGACGGAGCUCUCGGGAGGCCCCGCCCCCUCCGCGGCCCCGCCCGCCCCCCCACAGCACUUCAUCGUUGUCACGGUGUCCGAGGCUGCUCUGGAGCCGGUUCCUGAGGGCAGCCCCGCGCCCCCCCCCACCGCCGCCCCCCCCACGGCCGGGCCCACAUCUGGGGUGCAGCAGCGCUCCCCAGCUCCCAGCAGCACCGCGACCCCUAAGCCCGGACCCCUGCCAGGCCCCCAGGAGGUGGCGGCGCUCCCCCCCGUGCACGUGUACCCCACACCGGUGCCGUACGUGGAGGGCAGCGACGGCUCCUACGCCCCCCCCGGUGCCAUCCGCUCCGGUUCCUACCCCUACGCCGAGGCCCCGCUCUAUGGGCAGAGCAGCGGCACCGGAUACUACGAGAGCCCGGGGGGGGCCCCGGUACAGCCGAGCCCCCCCCCCCCCAGCUCCCAGCAGGGCCCCCCCGCGGCCCCUGCGCCCCCCCCCGCCCCCAUCUACGUUUCGGGGGGGCAGAUUUUGGGGACCCCCCCCGCGGGCCCCCCCGCGCCCCCCCCCUCCAGCACCGCCCCCCCUGCAGCCACCAGCGGCAGUGGGGGCCCCCCCGGCACCGGCACCGGCACCUUCGUCAUCCAGGGGGGGUACGUGCUGGGGGGGGGCGGCCAGGCCUAUUCCCACAGCACCCGCGCCUCCCCCGCCACGGUGCAGUGGCUGCUGGAGAACUACGAGGGGGCGGAGGGCGUGAGCCUGCCCCGCAGCGCCCUCUACUGCCACUACCUCCUGCACUGCCAGCACCGGGCGCUGCCGCCCGUCAACGCCGCCUCCUUCGGCAAGCUCAUCCGGUCCGUGUUCCCCGGCCUGCGCACGCGCCGCCUCGGCACCAGGGGGAACUCCAAGUACCACUAUUAUGGGCUGCGCAUCAAGGCCGGCUCCCCCCUGCUGCGGCUCAUGGAGGACCAGCAGCACCUGGCCAUGCGGCAGCAGCCCUUCGCCCAGAAGCAGCGGCUGAAGCCCAUCCAGAAGGUGGAAGGGGUCACCAAUGGUGCUACAGUGGCAGCGGCCCCCCCCGGCCUCACCGACAUCAGCAGCCAGGUCCAGCAGUACCAGCAGUUCCUGGACGCCUCCCGGGCCCUGGCCGAGUUCCCAGACCUGGACCUCUCGGAGAAGCCGCUUCCGGAGGGCGCCGGCGCCGAGGACCUGAAGGUUUUCCAGCUGCUCUACCGGGAACACUGUGAGGCCAUGGUGGACGUCCUCAUCAACCUCCAGUUCACGCUGGUCGAGACGCUCUGGAAAACCUUCUGGCGCUGCAGCCUCAGCCCCCCCAGCGAGGGCUCCGCCGGCCCCGUGCACGAGGAGGCCGAGAAGCGGCUGCCCCAGGCCCGGCUCGUGGCGCUCUGCAAGUGGGAGCCGGCGCUGCGCUGGGUGCGGGACUGCGACCAUGCCCUGUACCAGGGGCUGGUGGAGAUCCUGAUCCCCGACGUGCUGCGGCCCAUUCCCAGUGCCUUGACCCAAGCGAUCCGGAACUUCGCCAAGAGCCUCGAGUCCUGGCUCACGAGCGCCAUGGUGAACAUCCCCGAGGAGAUGGUGCGCGUCAAGGUGGCGGCGGCGAGCGCCUUCGCGCAGACCCUGCGGCGCUACACGUCCCUGAACCACCUGGCGCAGGCGGCGCGCGCGGUGCUGCAGAACACGGCCCAGAUCAACCAAAUGCUCAGCGACCUCAACCGCGUCGACUUCGCCAACGUCCAGGAGCAGGCGUCGUGGGUGUGCCGCUGCGAGGACCGCGUGGUGCAGCGCCUGGAGCAGGACUUCAAGGCCACGCUGCAGCAGCAGAACUCCCUGGAGCAGUGGGCAGCGUGGUUGGACGCGGUUGUGGGGCGCGUCCUCAAGCCCCACGCCGGGACCCCCCAGUUCCCCCGCGCCGCCAAGCUCUUCCUCCUCAAGUGGUCUUUCUAUAGCUCCAUGGUGAUCCGGGACCUGACCCUGCGCAGCGCCGCCAGCUUCGGCUCCUUCCACCUCAUCCGCCUGCUCUAUGACGAGUACAUGUACUACCUGGUGGAGCACCGCGUGGCGCAGGCCCGCGGCCAGAGCCCCAUCGCCGUCAUGGGCGAGUUUGCCAACCUGAGCUCCAUCAACUCACUGGACCCAGAUAAAGAUGAGGAGGAGGAGGAAGAGGACGAGAGCGAGGAGGAGCCGCAGGAGCUGGGGCUGGGGGAGGGGCCGGCGCUGCCCCCGGACCCCCUGGAGCCCCCCCCCAAGCUCCCCCGCUUUGUGCAGGCGCUGCCCUCGAGCUGAGGGCCCCGCCCCCACCCCCGCGACCCCGCCCCCACCGCUGCCCCUCCCCCC